GAGAAAUGAUACAAAUUCAGGGAGAAUUUAAAAGAAAACAUUCGGAAGGGGAACAGAAAUACAAGGCCUUGAAUGAUGAACUUAAACUACAGCGUGAUUUUAAUGAACAAAGGAAUAAAACAAUGUCAAAAAACAUAGAAAAAGGGCAAAAGGAUCAUGCAAAACUGAAAGAAGAAAUGCUAAAAGAACAGGACCGAGUGGAGAUUUUAAUGUCGUUAUUAAAUGUAGAAGUUACUGCCAAUGAACCUACAAUUCAAAAAAGUAUUGCACGUGGAGCAGCUAGUCUUUUGCCAGUUAUUGGACCUGCAAUUUAUGAUGCAAUUGAAAGAAGAAGCUAUCAGAAAAGGAAAGAGGAACUAGAAGGCAUACGUUUUAUGAUCAAUGAAUGUAAAAAACAUGGAGAUGGCGAUUCAUUGGACUUUAGUCAGCUUCUACGAAAAAAAAGUGAAAAAGAAGCGUCAGCUUACACUGAAUAAAAAGUAAAGAACAUAUAAGAAUGCAAAUUCAGACAAAUUUGACUUCAUUUUUUAAUUCUGUGAAAUUAUGUGGGUGUAUAUUCAUUCACCUUACGAUUAGCCUUUAUUUUGUCAGAAUGAACUUCAAAAAUAAUACUAACGAAACAAGUUUGCGUCUUUAAGAAGAAAAUAUUUUUGGAUAAUUUUGCAUAAACGACACAAUGAAUGGUUAUAAAUUACAAUUAUUUAACAAAAUAGAAUGUAUUAUAUAUAUUGAAUAUAGUAUCAUAAUGAAAGUUUGUUUAACACUUCAUUUUCUAAAUGCUUUAAAUGAUUAUAUGCCGGAGAAAUGGACUUUUAACCCUCGGCGCAUAAGGGGUAAUUUAUGUUAUGUCAUCAAACUAAAUUUAAAAUAAAUGAUAUACACAUGUAUAUAUAUUAAAAGUAGUAUCAAAAUAAAAGUUUCUAAUAAAAUUCAAUAAGUACAUUUUCGGUUAAUGUUUUGGUAAGUAUAUGGAAACAUGUCCUAUACUUUUUCCAAAACGGGCAUAAAGUUUGUUAAUUAAACAAUUUUAAGUCCCAUAUUUACAUUAAAAAUGUUUAUAACAUUUGAUUGGAAUUAACAGUAUAUAAAGAUGCAUCCCUACAGCCAUGCACAAUAUUUUAAGGAAAAUCUGGAGUAAAGUUUGUGCCAUUUGUGCCCAAAAAAUCUCCGUUGCGUUAUUUAGUCAUACCUGUUCAAAUGUUUAAGGAGCAGCACACUUUCGGUACACGGUCCACUCGGUCAUAUAAUAGUGCAUGGUGAUAUUGUACCUGUAAUGUUCACUGUUACUUUUUUAUCGAUUUAUACAAUAUAAAAGAUUAAAACAGAAUGAAACAUCCACGUAGCGCGAAGUAAUGUAAAUGAUAUUUUCCGAUUUUUCUAUAUACCGAUUUGUUCACUUCGAUGUUGAUUUUUCGUUUAAGCUAAGUCGUAUUUUGAAACGGAGCAUGCGCAAACAAUUUUUGUUGAGUGCUCCUAAUGAUUGGCGACGCCGGUGAGCGGCGUCGUCUAUUAUGGAAUGCUUUUUAUUUUUGCCUAUGGAAGGAGCUGUUAUUAUUAGCAUUUAAUUUCAAGUUGUGUUAAUUAGUUUUAUUUUGAUUCGUAAAAAUCAAGUAAACAAAUGUGUUGUUAUAUUUGUAUUUAAUAACUUUAUGUAAAAAGCAUGUGCAUUGUGAUAUUAUUUUCACGAAAUUGCAGGCUAAGUUUAACAGCUUGUCCCUUAGUUUUAUUGGCAAUACUAAAACCCGGAUUUCGAAUAUCGUUGUGGUCUAGAUUGAGGCCGUAUCAGUUCAUUCAUUCAUUUAUACAUUUUCAUAAUUUUCCUACAAGAAGAAAGUUCACCUGCAAUUGAGUAUAAGGAUAGGUAAUGGAACUGUUGUAAACGAUUAUCCUAUUGAUUUUAUCCUUAUUACAUUUAUCUGUUGCGCAGAAUGGUUGUUUUUACAAAGUGUACCAGUAUCCGGAUGUUGAAAGCUAUCCGAUUUUCUGCAAUUACUGCUGUCACAUGGCCAUCUAUUUUUUAUGAAUACUUUACCAUUAAUUUGCAUAGCUUAAUAAAACUGAGCAUGCAGCAUUUCAUAAUUUUGCUGUUUAGGGUGUUCUUUUGGGUUUCAGGUUUUCUUUAUUUUAAGGGGAAGUAACUCAUGUUUACUAAAUUAUUUGUUGUUUUCUGUCUAUCUUAGGUAUUACUUAUAAUACUAUUUUUGUUGUAUAUAAUUCACCAGUUGUAAGGUCAUCAAAAGCAUGUUAAUGUUAAUGUUAGGAUUUCAUAUUUAUUUAAUAUAAACUGGGAAUUAUUAAUGUUAUGAAUAUGUGCAUACAUGUAUAUCUUAGACUGUAGUAUAUUGAUAUGUUGAGACUUAUAAUUUUAAUGCAUUUAAAGAGAUACAGUUAUGUCAUUAUUAUUAAAGGGAUGAGACUUUCAUUUAAAGUUAUAAAUGAUAAAACAUGUAUUGAUUGAAAAUGUCCUUAAACUUGGAUCAAGCAAUAUAAUUAAUAAAGUCUCAAAAAAUCAUAUUCUGAAUAGUUAUUCUAUUUUUUUUUCUAACAUGUGCAUAGUUUGAAAAGGACAGCUUCUUUCUUAUCUAUUUGUAAUGAAGGGACACCGGUCUCAACCUCCAGGUCUCCUGAGUCAACCCGACAACAGACUGUACAUAGAGUAGAUUGUUACUUGCCCUUGAAUAAAUUUGUGCACUAA